AUGGCCGAGACCACUCCCACCCAGGCCCCCGAGGUCGACUACACCCUCAACAACCCCGACACGUUGACCAAGUACAAGACUGCCGCGCAGAUCUCUCACAAGGUCCUCGAUGCCGUCGCUGCCCUGUGUAAGGAGGGAAGCAAGAUCGUCGAGAUCUGCCAGAAGGGUGACGAGUUGCUCGACGAAGAAAUUGCCAAGGUCUACAAGGGCAAGAAGAUCGCCAAGGGUAUCUCUCACCCCACGACGGUCUCUCCUAGCUCUCAUGUCACCCCCUACACCCCCCUGGUCUCCGAGACCGAGGCCGAGACUACCCUGAAGGCCAACGAGAUCGUCAAGAUCCAGCUCGGUGCUCAGAUCGAUGGCUUCGGAACCAUCGUUUGCGACAUGGUCGUCGUCGGUGCCUCCGGCGUCGUGACUGGCCGCGAGGCCGACCUGAUCCACGCCACCCACUACGCCAACGAGCUUCUGCUGCGCCUUAUGGUCCCCGCCGGCCUCCUGGCCGGUGGCUCCGAGGAGGAGAAGAAGGCGGCGGCCGCCGAGCGGGCCCCUACCCAAGCCCAGAUCUCCCAGCUGGUCGAGAAGGUCGCCAAGAUCUACAACUGCAAUGUCAUCGAAAACACCACCAGCUGGCAGUUCGAGCGUAAUGAGAUCGAAGCCGAGAAGAAGAUCAUCCUCACCCCCGGCUCCGGUGUCCGUGGCGAGGGUGUUCCCGACGUUGGCGAGGUCUGGGGUGUUGAGAUGGGUCUCUCCCUCGGAUCCGGCAAGGUCAAGAACCUGCCCCUGCGUGCCACCCUGCACCGCCGUACCACCACUACCUACAUCCUCAAGCGCCCCAGCUCUCGCCAGACUCUGUCCGAGGUCGUCAAGAAGUUCGGCCAGUUCCCCUUCAGCUUGCGCCAGCUGGAGGACGAGAAGGCCGCCAAGGUCGGUGUUGUCGAGUGUGUCCGUACCGGUGUCCUGCGCCAGUACGAGCCCGCCGGUGAUGCUGACAACGCUCCGGUCUCCCGUCUGUUGACCACCGUUGCCAUCACCAAGAACGGUCUCACCAAGCUCACUGCCCCCACCAUCGAUCUGUCCAAGUACCAGACGGAUAAGAAGAUCGAGGACGAGGAGAUCCUCAAGAUCCUCGAGCGCCCCCUGUCCAAGUCGACCGGUUCGAAGAAGAACAAGAACAACAAGAAGAAGGCCGCCAAGAAGGCCGGCGAGGAGUAA